AUGGAGGCAACAGCACUGAGUGUAGGCAAAUCCGUGUUGAAUGGAGCGCUUGGCUACGCCAAAUCAGCAUUUGCUGAGGAGGUGGCCUUGCAGCUGGGUAUCCAAAAAGACCAAACUUUCAUCGCGGAUGAGCUUGAGAUGAUGAGGUCUUUCAUGAUGGAGGCGCACGAGGAGCAAGACAACAACAAGGUGGUCAAGACGUGGGUGAAACAGGUUCGUGACACUGCCUACGAUGUCGAGGACAGCCUCCAGGAUUUUGCUGUUCGUCUCAAGAGGCCAUCAUGGUGGCGAUUCCCUCACACGCUGCUCGAGCGGCGCUGGGUGGCUAAGCAGAUGAAGGAGCUUAGGGCCAAGGUUGAGGACGUCAGCCAGAGGAAUGCACGGUACCAUCUCAUAAAAGGCUCAGGCUUCAAGGCUGCCACCACCGCUGCGGAGCAAUCUAGCGCUAUUGGUGCAGCAAUCUUUGGUGUCGAUGAUGCAAGGUAUGCCUCCAAACAAAUGGAGAAGAGAGUGGACCUCGUCCAAUUGAUCAGCACGGACGAUGAGGAGCCUAAAGUGAUCGCAGUGUGGGGAACAAGCGGUGACAUCGGCAUAGCUUCUACCAUCAUGGAAGCUUAUGAGAACAUAAGUGUCCAAGGCAAAUUUUCAGGACGAGCAUGGGUUAGAGUGAUGCAUCCUUUGAGUCCAAAAGGCUUUGUCCAGAGCUUGGUGACCGAAUUUGAAGCUGCCAAAGGGGUUGAAGUUCUCAAGGAGAUAGAGGAGGCAGAAAAAGUAGCUACGAAAUUCAAUGAAUAUGUGAGUAAGAAAAGGUGUCUCAUUGUGCUUAAUGACCUUUCCACCAUAGAAGAGUGGAAUCAGAUUAAGAAAUGUUUCCAAGAUAUUAAGAGAGGAAGCCGAAUCAUAGUGUCAACAAUGCACGUUGAAGUUGCAAGCUUAUGUGCUGGGCAAGAAAGCCAAGCGUCAGAGCUAAAACGAUUGUCUCAUGAUCAAACUCUUUAUGCAUUCUACAGAAAGGGUUCUCAAGAAGGAAACGAUUCAUUGAACACAGUGUCUAACCGGGAAGCAGCCACUGUCCGUACAGAAGAAGACCCUACACAAGAUGCUUUGGAGGAAUCUCAACUCAUUGGGCGGAAGAAGGAGAUAGAUGACGUUGUCAAUUUAUUAAUUUCAAGAGAUAGCCAACAAGUUGAGGUGAUUUCUGUGUGGGGAAUGGGCGGACUUGGAAAAACUGCUCUAGUUAGCAGUGUUUAUCAAAGCCCAAAGCUUAGUGACAAGUUUGAGAAGUUUGUUUUUGUCACAAUAAUGCGUCCAUUUGAGCUUGCGGAGUUCCUUAAAAGCUUGACUAUUCGAUUAGAUCAAGGAUCAUCUACAAAGGAGAAACUGUUGGAUAAUAGAGGUGGCACCAAAAAAUCAUUAUCAACGAUGAGUGUUCAAGGGUUGAUGGAGGAGUUGAAAAUCCUUCUAAAUAUGAAGAAGUGCUUGAUUGUUCUCGAUGACGUGUCAUCUACUUCGGAAUGGGAACUGAUAAGUCCAUGUUUGGUCCCUCAUUUGGAGCAGACAAGCCGAAUCAUUGUGACUACAAGGAAAAAUGAUAUUGCAAAGCAUUGCUCAGGAAAACAAGACAAUGUCUACAACUUAGAAGUCCUAGAUCUGGAAGCCGCACUGUGCCUUUUCCGCAAAAAGGUAUUUGCGGUGACUAAAUAUUCGUUUGCGAAGUACCAUGACUUGGUCGAAGAAGAAGAAAAAAUCCUAAAGAAGUGUGGUGGACUUCCCCUUGCAAUAGCUGCCAUAGGUGGUUUCUUGGCAAGCCGACCAAUCACUCUAGAAGAGUGGAGAAAGUUGAAUGAGAAUAUCAUAGCUGAGUUGGAGAUGAAUCCAGAGCUUGAGAAAAUAAGAGGUGUACUUGAGAAAAGCUAUGAUGGUUUACCCUACCACCUCAAGUCUUGUUUCUUAUAUCUGUCCAUAUUUCCUGAAGACCAGACCAUUAGUCGAAGGCGUUUGGUUGGUCGGUGGACAGCGGAAGGGUACUCAUCUGAGACACGUGGGAAGUCUGCCAUUGAAAUGGCUGAUGUCUACUUCACGGAUCUCAAGAACAGAAGCAUGAUUUUACCAUGUCAGCAAUCAGUUCACAGCAGGAAAUCAAUUGACUCUUGCAAAGUCCAUGAUCUUAUCCGUGACAUCGCCAUCUCAAAGUCAAUGGAGGAAAACCUUGUCUUCAGACUGGAGGAAGGCUGCAACAUGAAUGUCCAUGGCCCAAUACGUCAUCUUGCUAUAAGUAGCAACUGGAAGGGAGACAAGAGUGAAUUCGAGGGCAUAGUGGACAUGUCCCGAAUACGAUCGCUAUCUCUGUUUGGUGAGUGGAAGCCAUUUUUCAUUUCGGACAAGAUGAGGUUUCUACGAGUACUCGACUUGGAAGGGACUGAUAGUCUAAAAUAUCAUCAUCUUGAUAAGAUUUGGAAGCUUAUUCACCUAAAAUACCUUUCUCUACGUGGAUGCAUUGGUGUUGAUCUACUGCCGGUUUCAUUGGGCAACCUGAAGGAACUCCAAACGCUUGACGUCAGAGAUACACUUGUACAGGCUCUGCCAAAAACCAUCAUCAAACUUCGGAAGCUACAGUACAUCCAUGCUGGAAUAUCAUUAGAUUACGUACGUGGGGAAAAUGAUAGUUUAAUGCGGAGGUGUCUUCGGGGGGCGCGUCUCUGUGCGAGAUGUUGCUUACCUAUUCUUUUGAACAUUGAAGGCCCCAGCUGUAAGGCCCUUACCAGACGUGAUGCAUGCACUUUUGCUUGCUGCGUGGCAUUCCCUGCAGCCAUGACGGGAGCAUAUGAAGAAAGAGGUGCUAUGGUGCCAAGGAGGAUCGGAAAACUUAAAGACCUGCACACACUAAGAGAAGUGAAUGUCGGAAGGGGAAAUAACGUUCUACGGGACAUUGGAAUGCUCACAGGAUUGCGCAAGUUAGGAGUGAGCGGCAUCAACAAGAAGAAUCACCGUGCGUUUUACUCGGCCAUUUCCAAACUCAGCAGACUAGAGUCGCUGUCGGUGAGUUCGGCUGGAAAGCCAGGUUUGCAGGGUUGCUUGGAUGAGAUCUCCGCACCUCUGGAAAACUUGCAGAGCCUCAAGGUGUAUGGAAAUCUGGAAAAGUUGCCUCAAUGGAUCAACGAGCACCAGCAUCUGGUGAAGUUGAAACUAGCAGGCACUAGGCUAUUGGAGCACGAUGCUGCUAUGGAAUUCCUUGGGAAAGUAAUGAAGUUGGAAAUUCUAGGUCUCUCUGGCGAAUCGUUUCUGGGUGAAGAAUUAGAUUUCAGAUCUCCACAGGCUGGAAUAGCAUUCGGAAGCCUCAGGGUGCUUACCCUUUCACUGUCAGAGAACAUCAAAUCGGUCAAAUUUGACGAAAGAGCCAUGCCCAAACUUGAACGGCUACAGAUCACAGGGAGUGUAAAUAAUGAAAUUGAUUUUUCUGGGCUAGAAUGUCUCCGAAGCAUCAACGAGGUCCAGCUCAGUGCUCUCUUUCCUAUAGAUUGGAAAAGGAUGGAGGCCGCUCGUCAUGACGGUGAGCCUUUGGACAAGAUAUGUGAGGACGAAACACAGGAACAAACGCGCAAGGAAGGAGAGCUCAAGAUGAAAAUCCAGGAACAGCUAGCUCAAAAUACAAAAGGACCCAUCAUCCUGCGGACCGACUCUAGGACAGGUAUGCACGACUCUGAUAUAUAG